UAAUAGCACAUCAGCUGGAGUGCUGCUAUUGGGAGAGCAGAGCGCAGGCAGUGCAGAGGACUGAGCCGCUGAGCACAGAAUUGCACACUAGAGAAGACAGGCACACUCAGACACAGAGAGACAGCAUAAAGGAAGAGCAGGAAGAGCAGAGCGCAUCAGAGAAGAGGAGGACAGAGGAGGAGAAGAGCAUUGGAGAGAGGAUAGGAAGAAAGUUGCCAGAUUCAGCAAGAGAACAUUGAAGUGGAGCAGCUGAGACUCACCGAGGUGUCUCUUUCUCAGGAGGGGAGUGAUAUUACUAGAGGGGAUUGGGGGAGUAUUGAAACUUCUUCACGGAAAGACAGACCUGUGAUUAGGCGAGGGUUAUGCUCAUUACAGGACUCUUCUGCACAGCUACUAUCACACCAAGACAGCAGCAGGAAGCACUUAAGCCUGGCAAAGGUGCUGGAUAUGUGCAGUUCCACUCACUUCUUCACUGAAGACUUUCUUACCCAACUGUGUGACUUGAGGUGGAUGUAGUUGUGCCUUCUCAGUGUUUUCAUCAUUUUUUUGCAUCAGAGUGUGAGACUUGGAGGUGUUCUGUCCUGUUAUCCCUGAGACUAUGGUAGACUGUGCGUCAGGGAGCUCUUCAUCAGCAGCUGCAGCCCUAGAGCAUGGAGAAGUCCAGCAGUGAGGAGUCAGCCAUUCACCGUAGCCCCUCCGUAGAUAGCCGUGACUCUGAUUUUGCUCAAGCCUCCACGUCUGGCCGCCCCUUUGGCGGCCGCGGCUUCACUGCCGGCGCAUUCUACGGCUCCACGGGGCCGCGCAAAGACGCACAGCAGGCACAGGCUGGAGCGGCAGCUGACAACAGCGCAGGAGACAAGACCAACAACAAGUACACCUCGCCCAAAGGCAGCAAAUACGUGGUGUUUUACCUGGAUCUAUCCUUUGUGUUCCUUUUAGAAUUCAAGAAGUGCAACAUGGCAAGAGGCUGCCUCUGCUGCUUGAAGUAUAUGAUGUUCAUCUUCAACCUCAUCUUCUGGUUAUGCGGCUGUGGGCUGCUCGGCGUGGGCAUCUGGCUCUCUGUGUCGCAGGGCAGCUUCGCCACCUUCUCGCCCUCAUUCCCCUCACUGUCCGCUGCCAAUAUGGUCAUCGCCAUCGGCGCCAUCGUCAUGGUAACGGGCUUCCUCGGUUGCCUGGGUGCCAUCAAGGAGAACAAGUGCCUGCUUCUGAGCUUCUUCAUUGUCCUGCUGAUAAUCCUCCUGGCAGAGCUGAUAUUGCUCAUCCUGUUCUUUGUGUACUCAGAUAAGGUGAGUGAGAACGCAAAGCAAGAUCUGAAGGAUGGUCUGGCUCUCUACAACUCAGAGAACAACAUAGGCCUGCGAAAUGCCUGGAACAUCAUCCAGGCAGAGUGGAAGUGCUGCGGUGUGAUAGCAUACAGCGACUGGCACGAGGCCCUGAAGGAGAAGGUGGUUCCUGACCGCUGCUGCCAGGAGCAUUACCAGAACUGUGGGCAAAACUCCACAAACAUGUUCUGGAACAGGGGCUGUUUCGAGAAAGUGGAAGAAUGGCUGGAUGAUAACAAGCACCUGCUGGGAACCAUAGGCAUGGUCAUCUUGGUCGUGCAGCUCCUGGGCAUGGCGUUCUCCAUGACGCUCUUCCACCACAUCCACAGAACAGGGAAGAAGUACGAUGCUUAGCCUUCGGGGAAGGCACCCAAUGGAGAAGAGCCCCACUGCCUGAUGGGAUAAGACUCUGAAUUAAACACCCCUGCCCCCCCUCACUUUACAACCUCUUUAGAGCAUUCUUUGCCCCCCUCCUUACGAGACCUUCUGUACAGAUUCCAGCUGUGUCCCCUCUCCGUUCUCCUCACCAUCCAUUUUGCCAAAGAGAAACACAACUGGAGGAGAAAGGACACCUAUGUUUGGCAAGGAAGAGAAUCCCAUUGGUUGUCACUCCUCUUGAGUACUUUUCAUAUUUUAUUGUUGUUGUUUUUUUUGCUUGGACUAACAAUUUGCUGGAAGGAAGGACAGACUUUGAGACAAUGAAGACUUUACUAAUGCCCGAACGCCCCACUCCGUGGCAAAGACAACAUAUGAAACUGUUGAUACCCUCGUCCUUUGUGGAGUUUCCUCAUGUUGAUAAAAGUCAAGCCCCGUUUUCACUUGUAAAUUAGAAAAAAGUUCCAACAUGGCAUGCUAGUUUUCUACUUUACUGAUUUAACUUAGUUGUCGAAAUGUCAAAAUGUCUCCCGUUUUCGUUCCUUUUUUUUUUUGUUGUACGUCAUGGAUGCUCCUGUGGAAUGUAAGUGUGGAAAAGAUCAGUGCAAUGAGUUCUCUGAUGUAUGAGUGUGGGGUUUGGUUUGACGUGACGCUGCUGUGGAGGGGCAUAGACAUGUGUGGACGAUGUUUAAUGUUACCCAAGAUUCAUAUUUUUUUCCUUCGGUUAUAGAGAGUUUGGGUAAAUGGAGCUUGAUUGAUGAAAGUUGUGUAAGCGUGUGAAAUCAUCAGGGGGUUACUUAUGCACCAACUUCUACAGUAUGCCCUGAAUAAUACAUUGUAAUGCACACAUUUUACUGCGAACACACACAUUUUACACUGCCACACAGAAAGUAUUCACGUUUCCUAUGAGACGAUACAAAUGGUGUAAAAUGACUGUUUAUUAGGGCUCCUCCGGGACUGUCAAGUGUAUAGAUCUGGGUGAUUUAGUUUCCCCUUGGAGAAUACACACAUAGAAAUGUGUGUGUGUGAGGCAAGGAAUGAGUUUUAUUACAUUGUCCAAGCUGCAGAGGAGAAAAAAAAUGGCACAUAGAAACACCUAGCAAAUCAAGGGCACGAGGGGCAGAAGUGGAGCAGACAUGUUGUCUCCCUGCUACCAUCAAUUGUGUUAGAGCAGGCGGCUAGAGACCUUCUCUUCUAUAUUUUUUGCGUUUUCAUCCAUUUCCUCUGCCCUCCUCACUCUCCCUUUCUCUUUGGCUGUCAAAUUCCCCACUGCCUCCAUUUUUCUCCCCACAUGCAAUGAACUCUAUGCUCCAUACGUACACACACAAUUUCUCUGCUGACAUUCCAACUCAUCAUGCAGAUACUUUGGUUCAAAACCUCCCUGAUUUUACGUUAGCUUCUGUUUCCUGCAGCCACUGUUGGGGAUGGCGGGAGUGUAGGAGGAUCAAAGCUAAGAAAGAUAGGUGUUGCAACAUGCUCUAUGUGGCUGUUUACCGCUAAUUCGCUGCAGGAGGCCUGAACAUCAGCUGGCUUCUUAAAGACUGAAAAUAUUUGAUCUCCUGCGGUGACUUAGAAAAAAGGCCCUUCCAUCUGCUUUAGGCGUCAAACAUUUUGUGAGCAUGAGAGAAGCGGUGGUGUUAAAGACUUAAUUGUUAACGGAUCAUUUUAGGUUUUUAGGCUUCAUUUGGUUAUGAAUGGUUGCCAUCAGUUAUAAAACCAUUUCAACAAUGUGGCAAGAAGCAGUCAGGAUUUAAACAUUUUAGUUAGUUAGCUACCAAUUUAUUCAAAAAUCAGCAAUUGAGCGCUAAACUACAUCCUUGUACAGCAAGUUGAACCAACAGUUCAAGUCAUCAUUUUACUUUUGUUUUUACGUUUAAAAUAAAUCUGGAUAAUUUAGGAGUUGGGGAUGGGAAGCAAAUAUUUUUUGUGGCCAAACGGUGUUACUAGAACUUCUGUCCAUGGGUCAUUGGGCCCAAACAUACAUUUUCCAAAUGACUUUCAUUGGGAAAGAGAUGUCUGUAAAUCAGCGGAUAUUUAAAAUAAAAUAAGUAAACCCUUUUACAGCCCUCAUUACAUUAACCUGAAUUAGUAAAAUGCACUCAAAGCCAAAUCCAGAGCUAUUUUCUCUCUCCAUUCAUUUCACUAAACCGAAAUUGUGCCAUUACGCUCGCAUCAGAGGCGGGGCUUAAGAAAAACGCUAGUGCGCACACUCUAUGGACCCAGAUACGACUCGAGGUUCAGGAUAUACUCAUAUUAGACAUUCCCUGUAUGGGAGGGGGUGUUUUGUUGCCUUCACUCAAGAGUGACUUGUCUAGCUAAUGUGACAUUGUCAUAUUCUCAUAAACACUUUUGGGAGCAGAUGUUGGGGUUGGCUAAUUAGAUUAAACCCAGUGUAAUAAUUUUGGAGGGCACUUUGUGGGGCAUAUAUUUCAUACUGGGAAUCAGAUACUGAUUAUUAAAAUAUGCACAAUAUAUCCAGCAGGGAGUGUUCUGUUCGGACACAGCCUUUUUAGGCUCUUGCACAGGAAGACCUCUCUUCCACAAACAACCCAAAAUGUUGUAAAGUCUUAGAUGUUGGCAGCCAUUCAAGAGGCCUAGAACCAGACUACGUUUUAUUUUGUUUUUAUCCCAUCACACUUCCCAGGUCUCUACACAAGCAGUUCUACAAAAAUAAGACCGAAUUGUUAAAACUGGAAAUAUCCGAAAAUAAGAGUGAUCAUUUGUUUGCUGCUGUUUGAAAUUGAGUAGGGGAAUCAUUGGGACCACAUGUGACUGCAGUAUCAAUUGUAACUGUUGUUGCUUUGGAUAAAGCCUCGAAACCUCGAAACCAUGCAUCGCUGCUACAUGAGCUAACAGGUGACACAGCAUUACCAACCAACGGUUAUUCUAGUUGAGCAGCCUGUAUGCCCCAAGCGCAUCACCUGAAGUCCUUCUGAACAGGUCCUUCUUUAUUGUUUUGAUAAUGACUUAAUCUGAAAGACAUAGUUUCGGUAGAAGGUUUGUGCAUCAGAAGGCAACAUAUUUGGGCCGCCAUGUGCAGCGACCCUGCUGGCUGUGAUUCACUGCCAUCCCCCAUAUGCUUCAGCUCUUCUUGUUGUGUCCACGGGGGAACAUGACAGCUGCUGAUGUACAGCGCAGGCACGAGUGGUCACAUCUCCUCUGCUUGGCUGCCUCCACAAACUCUCUGCACAUCCCUUAUUUACUGCCUAGCUCUGCAGACACUACAUAUACAGUAACUGGCUGUAUUGACACUGUGGAAAUACAGCUGUGCGCUUUAGACUCCUGGAGGCAGCUGCAUCCUACACCCUGCAGGGGGUAUAGGAUAAAAUAGCUAUAUCAAGUUGUGUAAAUCAGAGUGCAUUGUAACCCUAGCCUAACUGCAGCCAAGAAGUUCAAAAGAAACACAUCGGGUGGGAAAAGUGUCCAAAAAACGGUUUUAGAGAAGAUAGGAGAUAAAACAAAUACAGUGUCUGUCUCCAAAUAUGACGUCAUACUUCAGAGAGCCAGCCGGUAACUCUUGCCCAACCCCCCAACCCCCCAACCCCCUGACUGAUCUGACUACGCUGACAUUCUGACAUUUUCUCCUCCGUGUGAACUAAACUCCCUUACAGCUCUGCCGCUGUCGACUACAUGUCAUCGUUUUUGUCAAAGAAAAUGUUCCUUCAUGUUUUUAGAGUACAGGGAUGAAUGCCGUUUUAACAGAAGCUGUUUAAUGAUGUAAUUUUUUGUACAUUGGUUGUCACUGUUUAAAUGUCUGUUUUUAUACAAAUAUACUGUUGACUUUUUCUGUUGCUGGCCAUUUUAAAUGGCUUUUAUUAUUAUUAUUAUUAUUUUUGUUCAUUCAUGACAGAGGUUCGUCGUCGCUCAUUGUAAGAACAUGACACCAUUAAGCAUUUGUUUCGUAGAGGAUUAGUCUGUGCGAUGUUCCUCUACAAGGUGCAAAAAAAAACCCUUUCUGUCUUAACAUCGCUACAGGCAGUUAGAGCAAUUAAGUGAGAAUUGAUGAAGAGGGGAAAUUUGGCAUUUAGCAUUGGGUUUGAAGACCACAAAAGAUGUACUGCACGCUUGUCGCAGGGCUUUUCUGUAAUAAGACCUAGUUUAAUUAAAUUUAGACGUGCUGGUAUAAUCUGCAGUAUGUCUUUAAACUGCCAGUGUAAGACCUAUUUUGUAUUUCUAGAGCAUGAUAUAUUAGAUGACACUGUACAACACAGAGCCCAUGUCACUACGGUAUAUCAGCUCUGUAUUUUAGCCCUGGAUGUAAAUAUGCUAAUUUUACAACUGAUGUAAUUUACUGUUAUACUUUAACUCUGACACUUGUAAUCACAUUUACAUUGACAGUUAAAUUGCCAUUGUGAAUUGCCUAACAACCCAUGCUCUUUUUUGCUCAUCAACAGACAUAUUUUCCACUCAUAUGUUAUCAAUUUCAUGUUUCAUAUCAUUUCUGCCUCUGAAGUGCAGGAGCAAUGUCAAUUUGAUGUCAAUUUGUGUACGGUAUGGUUUUCAUAUUUUAUGUAAGACAGUUUUCUGUCUGUUUUCCUUUUUUUGGAUGGAGUAUAAAGUAUUCCCUCUUAUCCAUGGAAGCACUCCCAGUAAGCCACAGAGCUGGUAAAGGAAGAAUGCACAAGCAGUAAUUGGGUUUUGUCUGCUGUGAAGAAUUUUGAAACAUAGAAACAGUUUUAUUUAUUGUUUUGCCACUUCGACAUAUUAUUUCUGUAAUCUCCUCCUAAUCCUUCCUCCCCGUGCUAGAGCUGAAUAUCUGAGUAGUGGAAAUGUAUGCUGUGGAAAUGGUGUGUUUGAUGUUGUGUUCUGCUGGGUGGCACUAUCUGAUACCUGCCAGCUUGUCCUGUGGAGUUUUCUGCUACAUGUGAAAGCACUCUGAAAUAUCUAUACUAGGUGGUGCACUACCUUCUCUUUAUUCUCUAAAUCAACUAUUUUUUAAAUAAAGGAAAGAGUGUCACAAAAUCUCGCGAAACAGUACGCUCAUUUGCCUUUCAUGUUUAAUGACUCGAUGCUCCUAAUGUGUUCCCUUUUUUAUGUCGCUGUCAAUUAUUCAGGCAGCAUUUCAAAAGUGUUUGAGACUGUAUUUUGGGGCGAUUUAAAGACAGGACUUGGUAUGAAGAGCAAUGUGAAACAGUGUCACAUCAGAUUCCAUGGUGUAUUAAAAGAAAUAGUAGCAUUGUGGCCUUAAAACGGCCUCUUUUUAUACAAUAACAAAACCUGAUGGGACUGUUGUCCUAAAGACGCUGAGAUGAGCUAAUGGUAGUCAGCCAGUGGAGCAGAGUUAGUUUUUUCAAAGUACAAAGGAAGAUGAUGAAAGUACGAACCAUCUCCAAUUUGUUUCUACAGCACAGAGAGAGCUGCAGAGUAUUUUUCUAUGAAGCUUUAUCCCUUUUUUUACCUAAUUGUUUUCAGACCCAUGUGUGAUAGUGAGUUGAGUUUAUUGUGCCAUUUCAUCCUGGCUUUUUGUUUUGCAUCACUGUUCCUUCUAUGCAAAAAUAUGACCUAUUUUAGCCUUUGUACAGAUUAUUUUGUAUGAGUAACAUGUACUGAAAUAAAGUAAACAGAAUCAA